AUGAUUGGGUUAUCUACAUACAAAAAGGUACCAACCUUAUUAGCAACAACAACAAUAACAACUGUCACAUCAACGACCUUAAGAUCUAACCAACUCUUGCGACUUGCGUCCACUACCAGUACCAAGCCUAAUGCAUCAACAACCGUUGCUGCUGCUGCUGCUGCUGCUGCUACGAAUUCACUUGGUAACUCGAAUUCCAAAUUACCAAUUGAUAAAAAUGAUUUAGAAAAACCAGGAACAAUUCCUGGCAAACAUAAACCAUUUAAUAUUCAAACAGAAAUCUAUAAUCAAGCUGGUAUUGAAGCUAAUGAUGAUGACAAAUUUUUAACUAACCCCACUUAUCGUCAUGAAGAUUUUACUGAAGCAGGUGUUUAUCGAGUUCAUGUUACUCAUAGACCUCCACGUACUAUUGGUGAUAAGAUUUCUUGUUAUGGGACAUUAUUUUUCCGUAAAUGUUUUGAUCUUGUCACUGGUUAUGCUGUUCCUGACCCUGAUAAACCCGAUCAAUACAAGGGAACAAGAUGGGAAAUGACAGAAGGAAAAUGGUUAACUCGAUGUAUAUUCUUAGAAUCCAUAGCUGGAGUUCCUGGUUCGGUUGCUGGAUUUGUACGCCAUUUACAUUCAUUAAGAAUGUUAACAAGAGAUAAGGCUUGGAUUGAAACGUUACAUGACGAAGCCUACAAUGAAAGAAUGCAUUUGUUAACAUUCAUUAAAAUUGGCAAACCUAGUUGGUUCACAAGAUCAAUUAUUUAUAUUGGACAAGGUGUCUUUACUAAUAUUUUCUUUUUGGUAUAUUUGAUGAACCCAAGGUAUUGUCAUCGAUUUGUUGGUUACUUGGAAGAAGAAGCAGUGAGAACCUAUACUCAUUUGAUUCAUGAAUUGAAUGAUCCUAAUAAAUUACCUGAUUUUGAAAAAUUGUCAAUUCCAACAAUUGCUGUACAAUAUUGGCCAGAAUUAACCCCCGAUUCAAGCUUUAAAGAUUUGAUUUUACGAAUUCGUGCUGAUGAAGCCAAGCAUAGAGAAAUUAAUCAUACGUUUGCUAAUUUGGAACAAUGGCAAGAUAGAAACCCCUUUGCAUUACAAAUUAAAGAUUCAGAUAAGCCACAACCAAAUUACAAUUUGGAUGUAACGAGACCCCAAGGCUGGGAAAGAAAAGAUUUGUAUCUUUAG